AUAUCUAUUAGGUUCCAUGUUCCAUGUCACAUUCUGCAAAGGUUAUGAUUUUGUAGAUAACAGAGGUCAGAUGGGUCAGACUUAUAGAUGUUUUUGUAAACAAUAAAAUUUGCAAAUCACACAUUUUCUUGAUUUGCAAAGUUGUACAUUCCAGAACAAAUAAGAAAGGUGGUGUAGACAAGUAAUUCAUGAUAGAGGUUCGUAGACGAUUUUUUAUAAUGUCAGAACUUACAAAUUCAAGAUAUAAUUGCCAGAAUGGGAUUGUGCAGCCUUUGCUCACGGAUUUGUACCAAAUUACUAUGGCUUACGCGUACUGGAAAUCCAAGAAAACUGAUGAUUAUGCAGUAUUCGACUUAUUUUUUCGCAAGAAUCCAUUUAGCGGAGAAUUUACAGUAUUUGCAGGCCUAGAAGAAUGUCUUAAAUUUAUCCAGAAGUUCAGAUUUUCUGACAGUGAUAUUGCUUAUCUCAGGCAAAUUUUACCUUCAAGUAUUGAAAAUGAGUUCUAUGAGUAUUUGAAAACAUUAACUGCUGACCAUAUAAAGUUUUAUGCAGUUAAGGAAGGCACAGUGGUUUUUCCAAGGAUCCCACUGAUAAGAGUAGAAGGCCAACUAGUAGUGGCUCAACUCCUUGAGACAACCUUGCUUAAUUUAGUUAAUUAUGCUAGCUUAAUGACAACCAAUGCAGCAAGAUAUAGACUAGCAGCGGGGCAUCUUAAAUUAUAUGAAUUCGGUUUGAGGAGAGCUCAAGGCCCUGAUGGAGGCUUGUCUGCUUCAAGAUACAGCUAUAUUGGAGGAUUCGAUGGAACAAGUAAUGUGCUUGCUGGAAAACUAUUCCAUAUUCCAGUUAAAGGCACACAUGCCCAUGCUUACAUUACCUCAUUCAACUCUAUUGAUGAAUUGCAGUUAACAAUGCUAAGAAAUAGUAAUACAGAUACUGAUGAAAAUUUUGUCCACCCAGUAUUAAAAUGGCGAGAAAAGUUGAUAUCAAUGUUUGGUGUAAUCCUUUCUGAAGUUAGUAAUGGCGAGUUGGCUGCAUUUAUUUCAUUUGCUAUUGCCUUUCCUGAUGGGUUCAUGGCCUUAGUAGACACUUAUGACGUGAAGAAAAGUGGUCUCAUCAACUUCUGUGCUGUUGCAUUAGGCCUGCAUGACUUUGGCUAUAAAGCUCUUGGUGUAAGACUAGAUAGUGGUGAUUUGGCAUAUCUAUCUAAUGUAGCUAGAGAAUAUUUCAACAAUAUUGGCAAUAAAUACAAUGUGCCAUAUUUUGGUAAAUUGGUAAUUAUGGCUUCUAAUGACAUCAAUGAGGAGACCAUUUUGAGUUUGAAUGAUCAGGAUCACAAGAUAGAUAGUUUUGGCAUUGGUACGCACCUCGUGACUUGUCAGAAACAGCCAGCACUAGGCUGUGUAUACAAGAUGGUGGAGUUAAAUGGUGAACCCAGAAUCAAGUUGAGUCAGGAUGUGGGUAAAGUAACCAUUCCCGGCAAGAAAGACGUAUACCGCCUUUAUGGGGCUGCACACUCUCUUAUAGACCUUCUUCAGAAAGCUGAAGAGUUGCCACCAGUCGCGGGACAAAAAACCCUUUGCAGACAUCCUUUCCAGGAGUCAACAAGGGCUUAUGUAAUACCAACCAAAGUGGAACAGCUUUUGACUCUCUACUGGCAAGACGGUGAAGUAUGCAACAAGCUGCCAUCUUUAGAAGAAACUAAAACACAUGUAGAAAAUUCGUUGAAACUUCUUAGGCCUGAUAUCAAGAGAUCAUUGAAUCCAACUCCUUACAAGGUCUCUGUUAGCGAUAACUUAUACUGUUUCUUGCACAAAUUGUGGCUUGACAAUGCACCAAUUGGAGAAUUGGCUUAGAACUAUUUCCACAUCGAGUUUUUUAUACACAAAUUUAAAAAACACAACGCAAAAUGUACAAUUACCUAGAACAGCCAUGAAAUUGAUUUGCCUUUUUAUUAAAAAAUUCUUCAUUUUGCCAUUUUCCAGGCAUAUCUAUGAAUGACUGGUCUCAAAAAUGAUGUUUUAGGACCUCACGAAAUUUAGUUUAUGGACAUUGGCAUUUUUUGUAGCAAAAUGUUACGUUAUAGAGGUAUUUAAUAGAUCAGAAAAUAACUAUUUCAAUACCAACUUCAGUUUAAGUUUGCCAGGCAAGUCGGGCUUCCAUACAAUAAUUCCAUAUUAUGUGCAGCUAAAGUGUAGUAAUAAAUUUCAGCACAAAACGUAUAUUCCAUUUUUUUCCAUAUUUAUUUGCCCAUUUUUUGUAUUUUGGCGAAUAAGUAUUAUUAUUAUUUUAUUUAUUAAUGCCAUAUUUUACAAUAUUUAGUAAUUUAGCUUUAGCCUUUUACAUUGAAGUCAGGUAGACUUGGCCUAGUAGGCUGUCAAUGUAAGACUCAGUUUGAAUGUCCUUUUUGUCUAUAAUCCUUAUUUUUAAGUAAUAUAUUACCUAUGCUUUAUGUUUUUAUUAUAAUGUUUUAUAGGGUUUUUCCAAAUAUUUUCACAGUUUUAUCAUUACUGAAUUUAUAUGGUGGCUGUGAUGAUCUAAAACCAGCAAAUAAUGAAGUAUUAUGCAAUAUUUGUUUCAUUAUAAAAUAUAGAUUUUAAUUGUUAUAAACAAGAUAUGCCUUAUAUUAUUAUGUAAUACUUAUGUCCUUGUUAAUAUUCAAAGAUUAAAGUAGUUUCAAAAGUAUGCAUGUUUUUGUCUGUUUUCUUGAGCCAUUUUUUAGAGGUUGAUAUAGAAAGCACGAUGCUUAAGACUGCCUAGAUAAUAUACAUAGAGUCGGCAGACCCAGGGACACUCGUCAAAAACAUGUUUCUAUCGUUUGAAGGGCAAAGGUAUGAGGCAAUCUAUGAUUUGUGAAAUAUGUCUAAUAGGUAGUGUUUGCAAAAAUAGACGGCAGAAUAUACGCGACCAAUUUAGAAAAAACUUGGCAGAGAAAGUGACUAAAAGUAGACAAGCAGCGGAAAAAAGAAAAAAAAUAUAAAUAUGAAGAUUGCUUGCAAUUUUUAAUUCCGUUUUUUUGCCGAGCGAGACACUCUAGUGUCUAAUGUCCAGUCUUCGAAUUCUGAUACGCCUGUGAACACAAUACAUGAAGAGACUGAAGAUGAAGGAAGUCAAUCACAAGCAGUGCAACCAACUACGGAGAUUUUAGAAACAAGCACGCCCACAGAAAACCAACCGCGUCCUGUAAUAAAAUCGCCGUCAGUUUCAACCAAAAGGAAACUUCCUGAGCAGGAAUCAGCCUCAACUACUUUAAUGAAAUAUAUAAUCGCUAGAGAAAAUAGUCAAAAAACAGAAAAUGUUCAUCCAGUUGAUGCAUUUUUUUCUGGACUCGCUGCCACUGUCAAGUCAUUUUCCCUAUAUUACCAACAUUUGGCAAAAGGUAGGCUAUUUCACGUGGUGCAAGAAUUGGAGGAGCAACAACUACUAAUAAAGUGUACAACGUAAUACCUUUGUCAUCUCCAUCGCCCGCUGGAACUUCAUUAGAUUAUACCCAAAUGUCAUCUAUGCCAACACCAUCACCGGCUGGGACUUCGUCAGAUUCUACCCAUACGAUUCAUCAGUUGCAGACAUUUGAAGCCAAUAACGCUAGACCAAAUGAAUCAAUAUGUAACUCUAAACCAAGAGAUUAUUUUCACAAUUUUCAAUGAAAUUAAAUUGUAAUAAUAAGUAAUAAUAA